GUUCAAUUUAUUUGGUAUUUCCUACCCUUCGUCCCUGGCCUACAGAAUUCCUUUUCUUUUUCACCAUUUUCACCUCUCCCUCUCUAUUUCUCUGGGUUCCCAAGGCGACUAAUAUUUUUGCUAUAUUGGUGUAUCUGUUGUAUCAGAAACAGGGGAAUAUAUUGUGCAUUUUAUUCUUGUUAUGGAUCUUUCACUGCUCCUGGACACAUUUAUUAACUACACUUCGCCUAGUAUUAUAAUCAAAUGUUGGUGAUUGGGAUUUGGGAGAUAAAUAAAGGUAGAGGGAGGAAGGUAAGAGCUUUAUUCCUUCCAUAGUACGCACUUACCAACAACGGUUGCCUUGUAAUGGAGAAGCUCCAAGGACCCAUUAAUCCCUGUUUUUUGGGAGAACAUUUGAACUUGGAGCUCUUGGAACAGGGAGAGAAAGCUUUUGAUUUCACUCAUGGGUCGUCGCUCAUCAGCACGGAGAGCUUCAGAUUGGAGGAAGAACGGAAACCAUUUGCCAUCCCAAGCUUACAAGACAAAAUGCCGUUUCUUCAGAUGCUACAAAGCGUAGAGUCGCCGACGUUUACCUCAUUAAUCGAGCCAAGUUUUCAGCUUCUGCUACGCUUACAGCAGCAGAAACCAUGGGGAAGAAACAACUGGACCGAAGUGGAUCCCUGUGCCCAAACACUGGAGCCGGAAAGCUGCAUCACCCACGACAUAUCGGAGGCGUAUUCACCCGUAAAAUCGGAAACCAAGAUCACCCAUGACAUAUCGGAAGCACAUUCAACCGUGAAAUCGGAAACCAAGGAACCUCAUCAUCCACAGUCGUCUUCGUGUCUCGAGGUUGUAAGCUCCGCAUGCAAUGUGGGGCCCAAUUCACCGGAGAACUGUGGAGCCGAAAACUCGGGGACUCCCUCCAACAGGGUAGACGACCGGCUUAUGGUAAAAUCGUCUCCCCAGCUUACCAUGCCUGCUCCGGUUACUAGGGAGAAGAGAAAAAGAAAGCGAACAAGACCGAGCAAGAACAAAGAGGAGGUAGAGACGCAACGUAUGACCCACAUUGCUGUCGAACGGAACCGGAGACGGCAGAUGAACGACCAUCUCAAUGCUCUCCGGUCCCUGAUGCCCACUUCCUUUAUUCAAAGGGGUGACCAAGCAUCGAUCAUUGGGGGUGCCAUUGACUUUGUUAAAGAAUUGGAGCAACUGUUGCAAUCCCUACAAGCUCAAAAGAGAAUCAGGAAAACCGAGGAGGAAGGCAACGGCGACAAUAGUGAAAACCACCACAACCACCGGGACCCGGAUUCGUCGGCCCUCCCAUUUAAUGGGUUCUUUAUUUCGCCGCAGUACACCACUUACUCGUCGCUAGCGUCGUCGGAUAUCAAAUACACCGGCGAGGAGGAAUUCACUGCCGAGAACAAGUCAGCGGUGGCUGACAUAGAAGUGAUCGUUAUCCAUACCCAUGUGAACCUCAAAAUUCUAUCUGCCAGGAGGCCUGGACAGCUUCUCAAAGUCAUUGCUGCUCUAGAAGACCUAAGACUAACCAUCUUACACCUCAAUAUUACAUCCUCCCAACGCUCGGUUCUGUACUCUUUCAAUCUCAAGAUGGAAGAUGACUGCAAGCUUGGCUCAGCUGAUGAGAUCGCAGCAGCAGUUCAUCAAGUUUUCAGCCUCAUCAAUGGCCAAUAACCUAGUCAAGAUUUUAGGAGAAGAAGGCUCUCAGUCCUCUGUCGUCUCCUUUUUUAUGCCGUGUUGCUGCUGUAACUUGUAAAGGAAAAAAAAAAAAAAAAAACAUAAAGCUGAGAAAUUCUAAAAAAAAAGUGGGGUUCAGGUUUUCCCUCGCUGCUUUUGAAUUUCUUAUUGUCGUCGGCAGUCGGCACUCAUCAUUACCAAUGAUGCCCUUCUUUUUUGGUUGACCUUUAAAGCUUUGCUUGGCUCUUUCUUUCUUUC